ACAUGUGUAUUGACCAAUCAGCGCACAGAUACGCUCUCCCGCGCCAUUCUGAUUGGAUGUUCUACUGGUACUAAUAUUGUGCCGCUUCCUACAGCGUUCUCUUUCUUUCACGCGUCCCUACCGUGAGAUUUUUCAACCUUGUCUUUAAACCGGCUGUUCACCGAUCCUUGGAAGCACUGCAAAGAUGCCCAGGGAAGACAGGGCCACGUGGAAGUCCAACUAUUUUCUGAAGAUCAUCCAACUGCUGGAUGACUUCCCGAAGUGUUUCAUCGUGGGCGCAGACAAUGUCGGCUCCAAGCAGAUGCAGACCAUCCGUCUGUCCCUGCGGGGCAAGGCCGUCGUGCUCAUGGGCAAAAACACCAUGAUGCGUAAGGCCAUCCGUGGCCACCUGGAGAACAACCCGGCUCUGGAGAGGCUGCUUCCCCACAUCCGUGGGAACGUGGGCUUCGUCUUCACAAAGGAGGAUCUGACUGAGGUCAGGGACCUGCUGCUGGCAAACAAAGUGCCCGCUGCUGCCCGUGCCGGUGCCAUCGCCCCCUGUGAGGUGACCGUUCCGGCGCAGAACACUGGUCUGGGUCCUGAGAAGACCUCCUUCUUCCAGGCUUUGGGAAUCACCACCAAGAUCUCCAGAGGAACCAUUGAAAUUUUGAGCGAUGUUCAACUGAUCAAACCUGGAGACAAGGUGGGCGCCAGCGAGGCCACGCUGCUCAACAUGCUGAACAUCUCGCCCUUCUCUUAUGGGCUGAUCAUCCAGCAGGUGUAUGAUAACGGCAGCGUCUACAGCCCCGAGGUGCUGGACAUCACUGAAGACGCCCUGCAUAAGAGGUUCCUGGAGGGUGUGAGGAACAUCGCCAGUGUGUGUCUGCAGAUCGGCUACCCCACCCUCGCCUCCAUCCCUCACUCUGUCAUCAAUGGAUACAAGAGGGUCCUCGCUGUCGCUGUGGAAACCGACUACUCCUUCCCCUUGGCUGAGAAGGUGAAGGCCUUCCUGGCUGAUCCCACCGCAUUCGCUGUUGCAGCUCCUGCUGCUUCCGCUGCGGUGGAGAAAUCCGCAGCUCCCGCUGCCAAAGAGGAGGCGCCCAAGGAGGAAUCGGAGGAGUCUGAUGAGGACAUGGGCUUCGGCCUGUUUGAUUAAACUGCUGAAUGAACAGUGUCAGUUUAACACCAAUAAAACAUCUGGAAACAUCA